GAGACGUACAGAGAACAAAAGAAAGAGGCAGACGAUAAACAAAAACAAAUUCCCGCCCUUUUUGCCUCCCCAGUUUCUUCUUAUCUUCGCCAUUGCUUUAGGAAAGGUUGGAUCUUUAAGAUGUUUGACUAUAGCUUGCCUAUAGCUACUAGGACAAGGCAGAGGCAUGACAAAGCUUACAAGGAGUUGUAUGAGAAAAAGAAGAAGCAGGAGAAGGAAGUGGGCAGCUCAGCCCCCACUGAUUUCAAGAAAUCGGGGUCUGCAUACAUAGUUCUUUCGGAUGAUAGCAUGGAGGAGGAUUCAGAGGGUUUCAAUUCGGAUGAGGGAGUUGCAGAGGGAAGUGAGGAGGAAGUGGGAAAAAGGCGGAGUGUCGAGGGACGUACAAGGUCGGGAUUGGAUUUGUCAGCCGAUUCUGUAGCUGAUUUGGAUGAUAGUGGCAAAGAAAGUGUGAAAGUCAUUAGUUUGGUUAGCGACAGUGAUGAUGAGGCAGUGUCAGUAAGUAAGCAGGGAGGUGGAGGAGACUCUGAAAGUGUUAAGGAUAGUGAUAUGAGAAGUACUGAUUCAGACGAGGAAUUCCAUGAGUACUCAAUUGAGGAUGAUGAAGAUGAUACUGAAAGUAUCUCUUCAGAUGAUUAUGCAAGUGAUUGUUCGAAUGAUGAGAGACCUCUAAAUUCAGAUUGUGAAACUGAGGAUGCAAAGAGAAGUGGGGCAGAGGGAGAAAGAGCUGGUAUAUGUCAAAAAAGAAAGAGAAACAUUAGAGGGGAUGGUGAUGGUCAAAAGUUCAAUUGUGUAGCGCAACGUACUCGUUCACGGUCUGGAACUCAUUCCUCCGGUGGCCAUGAUGAUCAGAGGGAUGUUUAUGAAAAUCAAUGUAGUAGUCAGAGAAACAAGCGUCCUAAAAUGAAUUCACAGUGCAACAAUAGACGAAGUGGUGACAAUGAUGAGACCUAUUCUUUUAGUCUGAUCAAUGGGCAUGAUGCAUUCAAAACAUCUGAAAAGAGUGAAAGGCCGAGGAAGCUUACUAAGAAAAAGAGCACCAGGGAAAAAAGAGUUGCCAAUGCUUACAACAUUCUCGCAGAUUCGAUUUAUGAAGAUGAAGAACUACCCCCAGAAGGUUCAGCUUCCUUUGGGGGUAAUGCCAUUGAAAAUGUAACUCUUCCUUUGAAGUUCUCAUUUGGUAAGCUGCCAAGUAUAGUUCCAGAAGAGAAGUCACAUUUUGAGAAACAAGUAGAUAGGCUUUUUGAAGAAAUGGAAUUUGCUAUUAGAUCUGCCCAGAUUGGUUCUACUGACUGUAGUGAGGUUGGUACUAAUGACUCAGUACCUCCAGCUAAGGAAGUUACUCAACACAUGCUUUGUAGUCAAGGGGAACAUUAUCUUAUACUUGAUGAAGAAAUUGGGAUGAUUUGCAAAUAUUGCCCUCAUGUGCAUCAGGAGAUCAAGUAUAUUGUACCAGAAUUUGCUCCAAACCCUUAUGGCCGAUCUGGCAAGAGAUUCUAUGAAGAAGACAACUGGUCUCUUCCUGAUGAGCUGCAAUGCCAUGAAUCUGGGUCUGUCUUUCCUUCCAGUGCUCAUGUUGAUGGCACAGUGUGGGACUUAAUCCCUGGUGUUAAAAGUAGUAUGUAUCCUCAUCAGUGUGAAGGUUUUGAAUUUAUUUGGAGUCAUAUAGCUGGUGGCAUUCAUCUUGAAAAGCUGCAAAAGACAAGUAGUGCUGAUGGUGGGGGUGGUUGCAUAAUAUCACAUGCACCUGGAACAGGGAAGACACGUCUGACCAUUGUCUUUCUUCAGGCAUACAUGAGAUUUAACCCAAAAUGCAGGCCACUUAUAAUUGCUCCUCGUACAAUGCUUCUCACCUGGGAAGAGGAGUUUAAGAAAUGGGGCUUUGAUGUACCCUUUCACAAUCUUAACAAUCAGAGUUUAUCGGGGAAGGAGAAUAAAGCAGCCCUCGCGAUUUUGGUGCAAGGUGGAGGUCAGCGGCAUGUGAAAAGUGUGGACGGUAGUCGUUGGUUGAAGCUAUAUUCCUGGAACAAGGAAAGAAGCAUCCUUGGAAUCAGUUACAGACUUUUUGAGAAACUGUCUACUGCACAUAAUUCUGGAGGCAAGAAAGCUGACCUAGCUAAGAAAAUGAGGAAUAUUCUAUUAGACUUUCCCGGUAUUGUAGUCUUUGAUGAAGGGCAUACACCUCGAAACGAUAAGAGUCAUAUGUGGAAGGCUUCAUCAAAUAUCAAAACACACAGACGUAUUAUUCUCUCAGGAACUCCUUUUCAAAACAAUUUCGAUGAGCUGUACAAUACAAUUGGCUUGGCAAGGCCAGACUGGAUCAUGCCUACAUGCAGUGGACGAAGCCUAAAAAGAAAUGUAGUGAAAGCACAACAGAUGCCUCUGGCCAAUGACAUUGCCAAAGGUGAUGGUGAUAAAGCAAAAGAAGCCAAGAAAAUAGGAGCUAGAAUUGCGCCGAUUGUGCAUGUUUACAGAGGCUCCAUACUACGUGAUACACUUCCUGGGUUGAGGAACUCAGUUGUUGUUUUACAGCCAAGCAAGUUACAGAAAGAAAUUUCAGCGAGAAUUCAAGAGAAAAAUGAUCUUCCAUUCUUUAAAGAUGAACAUUAUGAGACUUUAAUAUCAGUUCAUCCUUCGGCUUUGCUCAACCUGGAGAAGGAAAUGAGGGAAUCCCUUAAUCAGGUCGAUUUGGAGAGGUUAAAGGAAAAAAAAUCAACUCCUGAAUCUGGGAUGAAGGCAAAGUUUGUGAUUGAACUCAUACGGCUUAGUGAUGCUAUGAAUGAAAGAGUUUUGGUGUUCAGUCAAUAUAUUAAUGCCUUGACCUUUUUAAAGGAGCUUUUGAAAUCUCAGUUUCAGUGGACUGAAGGGGAUGAGGUCCUGUAUAUGUAUGGAGCAGAUGAUGAAAAGCAGCGCCAAUCAUCAGUGAAGGCUUUCAAUGAUCCAUCAAGCAAAGCCAAGGUACUAUUAGCUUCAACGAGAGGUUGUAACGAAGGAAUAAAUUUAGUUGGAGCUUCAAGAGUUGUACUGCUUGAUGUUACAUGGAAUCCAUCUGUUGAGAGGCAAGCUAUAUCCCGAGCAUACCGUUUGGGACAGAAGAAAAUUGUGUUCAUCUAUCAUCUCCUCAUGGCUGGGGCAAGAGAAGAAGGCAAACACAGUAGGCAAGUUGAGAAGCAUCGGUUGUCGGAAUUGGUAUUUUCUUGUUCGGAUAUGGAAGCUGCCAAGAAAAUCCCAGCUGUGGUCGCAGAGGAUAAAAUUUUGGAAGAGAUGGUCCAACAUCAGAAACUCAAGCAUAUGUUUGAAAAGAUAACAUUGCUGGAUGAAGCUUCAUGUUUUGACUAAGAUACAGUUUCUUGAAGCUGAAACUGUACAAUUUUGCCAAAGCUUGUUUCCUACGGAGAUGAUGUGUAGCUAUAUAUUGUUAAUAACUUGACAAUGAUUUUGUUUUGGAAUAUCUCUUCUAGGUGAAAGAAGCAAUGUACACAAACUUCAGUCAUGUUGAAGCAAUGAACUUAGAUCAAAGUACGUAAUGAUGUAAUACGAGGAUAGUGAUCUGAUGUGGAUUUGAAAGUUUACUGG